AUGUCCGGCCAGACGGUGCUGACGGCCGAAGAUGUGGACAUCGACGUGUCCGAGGACAUGUUCGACAACGGCUCCUUCCUGCGCCGCCGCAAGCGCUUCAAGCGGCACCAGCAGGAGCAGCUGCGCGAGCAGACGGCCCUCAUGAUGCACAGCUUCGGCGCCUACAGCCUGGCCGCCGCCGCCGCCGCCUUGGGCCACCAGCCGCUGGCGCUGGCCAGGAGUACGGCGGCGAUCGCGCCCAUCCUCAGCGUGCCUACAAACAUUAUCUCGGGACAGUUCUUGCAGCCCGCCACCUCCGCCACGCCGGUCCAGGCCAAGUGGCCGGCGCAAUAGACUCCGGGACCGCGGAGAGAGACAUGUUUAGAAGGUGCGCGGGGGGGGGGAGAGGAUCAUCAUGAUGAUGUGAAAAGACGGCGGUCCUUUUCUACCCGCCACUUUAGACUCUUGCAGUUUAACAAUCACAAUAACCACAAGGUUUCUUUUGAUGACGGUCGCCCGUUUCUGCCCCAAGAUCGCCGGUGAAGUGCCCAGGAUCGAUCCAAAUAGACGCUUUUAAGGCCCCCAACUCUUACACGCGCGCACUGUCUCACACUCGCUCAAUCACAGAUACACAAAACACGCAGAGAAGGAAUGAGGUCUGUCUAUCUGUACAGGUAAACCUAACGCUCAAACCCCGCGGCAAGGUAUUUGUACAUACAGUAUUUGUAAUGGGGAAGGGGUGGGGAAGAAGACGGACUUUACUUUCCACUUUUUAUUUUUU